CUGGGCAUAUGGGAUUAUCAAGACAACGAGCAAAUCAAUAAUAACAAUCUAAAUAUUGAGAUAAAACGCAUCUUUUUCGAUAAGGAGGAUAAAAAGAAGCCACCUUGUGAUUGUGAACCAAAUUGGAGCAGCGAAUUAAAAACAGCUUUAAGUGGCACUCUGAAAACUAUUCAAAAGAUACCCGGGCAUUGGCGAAAGUUUGGCCAGAUUUUGCAAGACAAUUUCAAAAGUUUAUUUAAAAGUGAUGAUGAUUAGUAGGCGAUAUAGAAAGAAAUUUCAUCAAAAAAUUUAUUUAGUACAUAGAUUAAAUUUGAAAAAAUUUAUUCCUUUUUUUUGUAAACUCGUAACAUUAUUGGCAAUCGGCCCAAUGGCCAUUUGGAUGUUCACAAAAAUAGCUAUUGUAGCUGGAACAGUUUGGGUGACAAGGGAAUUCGGUGUUUGGGAUAGUCCCGAUAGGACGGCACUAAUCUAUGAGGAUAUCAAAUGUGAAAUGAAGCCCUACACAAAAAGUCUAAUGCAAAGAUACUGCAAAGUCAAUAAGGAGUCAGCGAAGCCAUGGCGCGAGUCCUGGAUCGAUGCUUGGAAUGAUAGCAUCAAAACUGCGUUUAUUGUUCUCAGCCGAAUGCCACAAUACUGUACUCGCUUCUCGGAGGAUCUACAAAAUAGUAUCAAUCACUUUAUCAAUGGCAGUCCAGUCAAGUAGGCAUACAAUCCAAGCAAAACAAUUUCAUAACCCAAUUCCGAGUCUGUCAAAAAUGUAUUAAAUUCUAAAUUCAAUUUAAUAAAAAAAAUUCAGAUUUAAGUGUACGAGUAUUGUUAUCGUUAUGGCUUAUAAAUUUCUUGCACGUCUAGGUCUACUCACUGGGGCUAUUGUUGGUACUGCGCACAUGGGCAUUUGGUCUGAACCAGAGAAUACAUCCCAGAGUUUAAA